AAAAUGGAAGUAGAAAUUCUGAAAGGAAAAAAAAAAAUCAAAAACGAAAAGAGAGUACGAAUCAGAGAGAGAGAGAGAGAGAGUACCGCAGCGAAGCGGGGAGAGCGAUCGGGGAGAGAGAUACCGGCGAGUGGGUCUUCAGUACUUAUCGGUUUCUUUAGAGAGUGUCAGAAUGCGAACCAAUUUACAGGGAGAGGAGUAGCAAUGGAAGAGGAAGCUUGUACCUGGGUUCCAACGAACAAGUAGCAAGAAAGGAAACCAUCAGAAAAGCGAAGUUUUUUUUGGUCAUUGAUGUGUCAUUUUAUGAAUCUGGAAUUUGUAAUCAGUUCCUGAGAGCUCCAAUAAGGUCAGCCCAGCUUUUCUCUUUCUCGCGCUCUUAGUAUCAGGCUCUGAUUUUGAGCUUGAAUUACUGUAACCUCAUUUCCCAGUUACAAUGAAUCUCGAAGUUGAAGUUUGAAGCUUCAAGUUUUAGUCUUUGGUUAAAAGGUGGCAUUUUGAAAUUGGUUUGGGUUUUCCGGGAAUUAGGAGUGUAACUCAUUGAUUUGGGAGGGAAAGUGGACUUUCCUUGGAAUUAGUGGUCAUACAAUUGUUUUGAGUGUAUGGUUAAUUUGGUCGAAGGUUCAGAUAGUGAUGUUUGGGGUUUUGGGUUCAUAAUUUAGAAAUUCCCCGUUUGGGAUUUUUGGAGAAAGAGUUAGUUUGUGCAUUUCGGACCUUGAAGUGUGAACGGGCUCUGCCCAAUCUACAGUUCACAGGAAGUUAAUGUAUUGGAGAUGGUUUUGGGUUCAUCUAUUUCGGGUUUACUAUUAGAGUGGCUGGAUCUUGUUUGGAGGAUUAGCAUUUGGACAUGUUGCAAAACCCUAAUUUAGCAGAGGAAUUGGGAUUAUGUGAUUUAUUAUGUGUUCUUGAGCAGAGGAGUAACUAUUGCAGAAUUUUAAUUGUCCUUUUGUGCAUGCAAUUAUAGGUGCUUGCAAGAGAUGAAACCGCCACAGCCACAUCAGCAAUCACGGAUCAAUCUUGUAGAACUGAAAUCUCAGAUAGUGAGGAAGCUUGGACCAGAGAGGUCAAAACAGUACUUUCAUUACUUGAGCAGGCUGUUAGGCAUGAAGAUAGGCAAGGUUGAGUUUGACAAACUUUGUGUCCGGAUUCUCGGAAGAGAGAACCUUGCACUGCAUAAUCACUUCAUACGUUCAAUCUUGAAAAAUGCCUGUAGUGCGAAGGUCCCACCGUCAAGUCAUGAUGACAAUGAACUUUUAGUGCAUGCUACUGCAGGUUCCAAUAAAGAGACUUCAGGUGAUGCCGUUGAGCGAAAUGGACCCCUUGGAACGAAAGGGAAGAGUAUUUCCACUUCUCUACGACCAUCAAUUACUCGACCUUGUGAUUCUAAAGUAAUUGAGGAGAAUAGAGAUUACAGUGCACCUUGUGUAGGUGAUUUGGGCCUUGACCCUACAAAAGUUUCAGUAUUGACUAUACCAACUUCUGCUCCUGUUUCUGUACAUAACAAGGACAGAGUGAGAAAUGAAGGGGAAGAAAGUCGUGCUAAGGUCCAACCUCAAGCUCCACUUGGCAUUCCAUUAUGUAACGUUAGAACAUUACCAUUGAUGAGUGACAGCAAGCGUGUUUGUACCAGUGGUGCUUUGUUAGACACUUUGACUCUACGAGAACGUAUGGAGCAGAUUGCUAUAAAACAUGACCUAGAAGGGGUGCCUAUAGAUUGUGCAAAUUUAUUGAAUAAAGGUUUAGAUUCUUACUUAAAAAGUAUAAUCAUACAUACCGUUCAACUUAUGGAAGCAAGAUCUAGGUGUGAGCUAACAAAACCCAUAAAGAAGCAUCCGAUAAACGGGAAGCUUGUUAAUGGCAUGGAACUACGUACUUGUAGGCCUUUGGAAGUCAUAAAGGAGAACACCCCACCUAGCGUAAUAUCAUUGCAGGAUUUUAGGGUUGCCAUGGAACUGAAUCCCCAACAACUAGGUGAAGACUGGCCAUUGUUGCUUGAGAGAAUAUGUACAGAGUCAUUUGAUGAAUAAAUGAAUAAUAUGUGAUUUCCUUUGGUACACGGUCAAGUGGCUCUUGGUGAGGUCCCUACUCCCCUGGAUGCUUGAAAGUCAUCGGAAAAGAUGGUCAUCUUCUCUGUUCUCUCUAAGGCCUUUAUGUAAAACACUAAAACGUGAUGCUGGAACUUUCCUUAGUGGCCUUUCCGAGUAGUCUUGCAGCUGUUGACAUUUAGACAGGCAGUGGGGUCAAGAGUGCAAUAGCAGGGGUAUUUUUGUCUUCGACACAACUCAAUAUUCGCAACCACCGAAGGGUUGGCCCCUCCAACAGAAGUUUGACCAUCUCGGUUUUCCUGUUGUAUGAUUAAUGUAAUUCUCACUGCAUAUUUUCUGCAUUGUCUUGUAAUUUAUGGUCAAUGAGGAUUUAUAGAACAGUUUUGCAGGAAUAAUAGAAUAGUUCAUUAGCUGGAAGGAAAAGGUGAAUCAUUCUAGAGUUCAUGUGUAUGGCUGUAUGUAUCAUCAAAGUCAAGAUUGAUUGGAAUCCACCAUUGACAAAAAUAUCCAUGACUAG